UGCUUUUCUCAAUCACCCGGGCCUACGAUACCAUCUUGUUCAUACUUUGUCUGUCCAUACUCACUGAUACUCACCGAACGUCCUCUCUUUCUGCUUCUAGUGGCCGAUCCUAGUACUCCAUACUCCAUUAACGUCCAAGAUCUCUUUUUUCUCUCGCAAUUUUAUUCAUCUAUUUAUCCUAUUCACAAUGGCUGGCUACUUCUCCAACCAUUCGCAAUUCCAGACUCGCUUUGCAAACGCAGCAUCUAACACCACCACAACCACAACUACAGCUACUACCACACCUGCCAUCCCAGCAGAGACGCGUCCGCGACCCCCUACAAGCAGGCAUUUCUCCACUUCCGUCGCACACCCGCCACACGAGGAGCGCGACCGGGGUGUCGAUGUUCCUGCACCGCUGGCCGUUCACCCUCUCCGGAAUACGUGGGUCUUCUGGUUCCGACAACAGCGCGCUCCGGGAAAUAAAAUCACCAAUUAUGAAGAAGGCAUCAAAAAGAUCGCUUCUUUUUCCAGCGUUGAAUCUUUUUGGGGACUUCAAACUCACCUUUCACCCCCCUCUGCACUCCUGCCCACUACGGACUACCUCCUGUUCCAUGCAGGUGUUCGCAGGCCCGUGUGGGAAGACCCCCUGAAUCGUGCUGGUGGAAAGUGGAUCAUACGAUUGCGCAAGGGAGUAGCAGACAGAGUGUGGGAGGACCUUGUUAUGGGCGUCGUGGGUGACAUGUUUGAUGAAUGUGGCACACAGGGGGAAGGGGAAGAAGGGGGGUGGCCAGAAAUUUGUGGUUGCACCAUCAGCGUGCGUCAGAGUGAGGAUAUCGUGAGCUUGUGGAAUCGCGUCGAUGGGGAUGCCAAGGUGCGGGAGAAGAUUCGGGACACCUUGCGCACUGUGCUCAACCUUCCUCCAUCGACCAUCAUGGAGUACAAAUCUAAUAACGACUCCAUGCAAGACAAAUCCUCAUUCCGCAAUUCCGCGAUUGAGAGGAUGCCCAGUAUUGCUGACGCAUCGUGACGGCCUUUUUUGUGUCAUGGCACGAACCCUGAUCAUUUUAUCUUGUGUUUUGGUGCACAUGCAACAUCACACGAACGUAAUGCCUUCUUGGUAUCCUGAUUUUCUCUUCAGCAUACCAGGAAAUAAUCGAAUAUGAAACUGUAGCUCGAAUCUUGAAUUGUAGUAGCAGACAGUUACGGGGUUUUCUGUCCACAACACAGAUAAUUCAUUACUCUCAAGCCAACUUGAUUUUGCUUCUCAUACAUAUAAGACUGAAGUGAAUAUGUUUUAUGAAUGAC